AUGAAUUUUAUAUUGUUUCUCUUCUUAUCUGGGGUUUUUUCCUCAGAGAUUAGAGAUACUACUCCCAGUAAUGAAGAGCCUGAGAUGAUGAUGCCUGUCGUUGAAGAAAAUAGAGAGGAACCAGAAAAUAAGGAUAAUACUCCUGCUAAUGAGAAAACUGGCGAUUAUUACAAAGAUAUAAAACAAUAUGUGUUCACCACAGAAAAUCCCAAUGGCACCCAGUCUGAAAUAUCCGUGAAAGCAACAACUGAUCUGAAUUUUUCUUUUAAAAACUAAUCAACCAAGGGUCAAAAUGAGCCUGAAUUUUGGACAAAUUUAGCUAAAGCUUUAAAUGCAACAACCAAUGCGGAGAAUGGAGAAAAAGAUCAAUUAUUUCAACCAAUUCCAAACUCCGAUGUGAAUGCUACAAAUGAAUACAGACUGGGAGAGCUACAGGAAGUCAAGUUAAAAUUAAUGCUGGGCAUCUCGUUGAUGACCCUCUUCCUCUUCGUCACCCUCUUGGCAAUUGGUAGUGCCAUGCUGUACAAACUGAAGACGCUGAAUCAGAAAAAGACAUUUGAGAGUGAAUACUCCGUCAACCCAGAACUGGCAACUCUGUCUUACUUUCAUCCAUCAGAAGGCGUAUCAGACACAUCUUUUUCUAAGAGUGCCGAGAGCAGCACAUUUUGGGGCACUACUUCUUCAGAAAUGAGAAAAUCAGACACAAGGUCAAAAUCUAGAACAGCGGACAUGGUUUCCACAGCCUCAGAUGAUACAGGCAUGAAUGAUGAGUCAGACUUAAUUCAGAGUGAGGAACCAAUCGAGGAAAUCCCCCCCAAUGAAUAGACAGCUUUAAUUUCUUGUCAUAAAAAA